AUGAGUGCCCAACAGUCCCGCCGCGCGCGGGCGUCGAGCGAUAGAGCGCAGGCAAUGCCCCCCGGGGUGCCGCAGCGCCCCGGCAUAGGAAGCCGUACCUCGUCUGCUCCGGCAGGCGAAUUAUACAAAUUGGACACCGGACGGAGACCGAGCUCUGCGGCGAAGAUCGGACAUACCUUGUUGGAGGAGGACGAAGGAUCCUCGAGCACGAGCCAUGAUGCGCCGAAGCGUUCGCGGUCCCGACACCGUGGUGAUGAGGAAUCCUCCAAGUCCAGUUUACCAGAAGUGACAAUCGCCGUGGUUGGAGAAGACAAUGCGGGCAAGACGAGCUUUAUCAAGUCUGCAUUGGAUAUGAAGGGCACACCAUCGUCAGUUUCCACGAAAAAGAAGAUGUCUUUGGACGGAGCGGUUUACAUUGUGCGGUUGUUGGAAAUCGAUUUGAAGCAAGUCACCUUCGACCAGGAUCUAAAUAUCGUAUGGCCCGGGGUGAACAAGAAUUCGGCCGCGCCGAUCGUCGACGGAGUCUUGCUUUUGCAUGAUGCCACUCAGCCAGAGAGGUUGGAAAAGACCAUUGAACUUGCAGACGCCUUGGAUGACACCACAGUUCCAUGCGUGAUGGUUGCCUGCAAAUGUGACCAGCUCCCCGAGGAGAACGAGCUGGGUCCGAUUCAUGAGCGACACGACAUCUACCGUACAUCGCCCGAGUCACCACGGUCUCAGCAGAUGUGCAUUGCACUAGUCUUGCGGUCCGUCAUCAGUCAUCGAGCAGAAACUCCUUCCGUCAUUCUCUCAGGAGCCGCUGGCGGCUCAGCAAAUUCGGUCUCGGAUCGAACUGUCGAUGGCAACGGCGCCCACCGUCUGCCCACCGACCAGAUCCACCCAUCCAAUCUGGCGCAACAGCAUGCUUCCAGUUCGUCUCGAAAUGCCAGGAGUAAUUCCCACCCGGUCCGACCGCAAACUCCGCCAACUGGCGCGCGGCUGAAUCCUCGCCGACCGUCUGCUCAGGGAGAUAUCUCUCCUACCCAAGAACACCUUCGCCAGCGACUCCAGCCUACCUGGCGACACAGUGGAGGCUCCGACGCUUUCAACAGCUUUUUGAAUAUGGAAGACGAAAUGGAGGAUGGGGCAGCCCCCGCCAGCCCCGGGGCCGUCUUGCGCCCGAAGCCGAGCAGUGAGAGCAAUUCGAGUGCAGAGUUUGGAUUAAGCUUUGACGAACUCGUCGAUCGGCUGGUCGCUUUGCCCAUGUCGAAGCAAGACUCCAAAUUCAGUGCCAUCUUCCUCUGCCUCUAUCGAAAAUUCGCUGCCCCGGCUACCCUGCUCAAUGCAUUGAUCAGUCGCUUUGAAAAAAAUGAAUCCAGCAACGUGGACCAGCUCGCCCGUAUGGCUGAUCAAUUGCGCCUACUAAAUGUGAUCGCCUCCUGGGCUUCUGAAUACCCUGGCGAUUUUGCCAAUCUCAAAACUAAAAAACGCAUCAACGAAUUUGUUACGACUCUUGAAAAAAGCCAUUUCUACAUGUUUGCCGCAAAGGAAAUCGGAUCAUACCUCGACACAAAUGCCGAGGACGACGAUAUCGGGUGGGCUUUCAGUGACGGUGAGGUUGACGAAUCAGCCUUUACUGAGACCUUCUUCGAUAACUCCGGCCGAAGCUCCCCCGUUCCUUUCAUGACCGGUACCUAUGACGAUGAUGAAGAUGAUGAAGUUGAAGAAGACCCCAUUUACAGCAGUAUGAGCGCCCUUGACCUGAGUGAGGGGCCACACGAGUCUACCUCUCGUCUUUCCGGAACCCUUUCUAUCUCCUCAAAUACCGACAAACCCUCCAGCACUAUGAACCAAUCCUUCACUCUCUUGACAGUGGAGGCUGCUCAAAAGGAAGCUCUGCGCCUCGAAAUGACUGGGCGGACUUCACUCAGCAAGAUCCAGUGGCGGUACUUCAUGGAGACACCAGAUGAAGAAUUCGCUCGGGAAUUGACCCGGAUUGACUGGAUUAUGUACAAUUCAUUCCGCCCUCGCGAUCUUGUGCGCCACGUCAGUAUCUCUGGUGUGGACAAAGACAAGAUCAGAAGCUUGCAAAAUGUCAAUCGGAUGAUCAAGCAGUUCAACCAUGUGGCAUUCUUCGUGGCUAGUAUGAUUCUCCUUCGUGAUAAACCCAAGCACCGAGCAAGGUGCCUGGAGAAGUUUAUGAGCAUUGCAGUGAAACUGCGCCGCCAAAACAAUUACAACGCCCUCGGUGCUGUGAUCGCAGCUAUUAAUGGCACUCCUGUUCACCGACUCACUCAGACCAGGGAGUUGAUUCCAGUCGCUAGCCAAAAAGAGUUCAUGCGACUGGUCAUUCUCAUGAGUACCUCACGCAGUCACUCCGCCUACCGACUAGCAUGGGAUAACUCUUUCUCUGAACGUAUCCCCUUCCUCCCCCUUCACCGUCGCGACCUGGUCUCUGCGGAAGAAGGAAAUAGAACCUUUUUGGGCGAAAGCAAAUCUCGAAUCAAUUGGAAGAAAUUCGAGGUCAUGGGAGAGGUGGUUAUUGGCAUUCAACGAAGCCAGAAGAGUCCUCAUCCCCAAGCUCAGAAAUAUGACGAUGUGGAGCGGUUGAUUCUCGAUUCGAAACUCUCCGGCGAUGAAGAGGAUCUCUAUGCUCGCAGCUUGCAACUCGAACCUUCAACUGGGGGGGAAACCGGCCGUAAAAAGUUCGCCUGGCUACCGCGCUCCGCCUACCGUGCCCUCCUCCGCGAACUCCCACGCGCAAACCCAUCCACCCCCUCCCCCCUCCACCAACGCCUCCGCGCCCUCUUCCGCUCCCAAGAACAAACACCCUCCACAGCAUCCGCGCCCACCCCCUCACACACCUCCACCAUCGCGUCUUCCACGCAACCAAGCGUCUUCUCAAUCCCGUCGAGUCCGGAGGAACACACGCUCCGCAUUCAGGAGGCGGAGCAGUUGGCGCAGUAUGCGAAGGCGCAGCGCACGUACACGGAGUUGCUGGAGCGGUAUAACCCCGGCAUGAGUAUGGAUGAGGAGGAGAAGAUUCGGUUGACGGCUCGACGGGUUGGGUUUGAUUUGCCUGAGUUGCAUAACUCGGAGGAGGCGAAGGGUCAAAAGGAGUGA